UAGAAAGGGUUUAUCCAGGGGUUCUCUAUCAUUUUCCACUUAACCAGGCCACUCUCUACUCACUCCGACACGCUUUUGCUUAAUCUAUCUCUUCUCCCUCCCUCAAGCAUGAGCUUAGCUUCCACUCCACACCACCAGCCAUGACCCAACCACCGCAACCUCACCCCCCAAAGCACCGCCACCCUUCCUGCCACCGCCACCCUUCCAAACCCGUCACUGGAUUCUGCGCCUCCUGUCUCCGAGAACGCCUCGCCGGCAUCGACCCUGACACCCACCAAGAAACCCCCGUGACCCAUCUCGCCGCCGAGCUCCGUCGUAGCAAAUCCUACUCCAGCACCACCACAAGAAACAACCCCAACAAUAACAAUGCCUCCACCACUGCCACCACCUCUGAGCCCCGCCGCAAAUCAUGCGACGUUGGACCGUUUCGUAACACUCUCUCUGAUCUCUUCCACGUCGAUGAUAAAAGAAGAAGCUCCUCGAUUGAAAAGACAAAGGGUUUUGAUUCAGGGCUUGAAUUAAAAGAAGAGGAGAAUUUAGGAGAGAUUAGGGUUUCUGCGCAGGAUGCGAAUAACAGUGAAGGGAAUGUGGAGGAUCUUGAAGAGGAUGGAGAGUUAAAAACAAUGAAAGAGUUUAUAGACCUUGAAUGGGAGAGAAAGAAAACUGGAGGGAGACAUCUCAAGGACAUUGCGGGGAGUUUUUGGGAGGUGGCUUCAGUGUUUAGUAAGAAAUUAGGGAAAUGGCAGCGAAAACAUAAAAGGAAGGAGAAGAUAGAUGGGGGAAAUCUUGGUGGUUUGGUGAAAAAUGAGAAGUUGAGUGUCAGGAAAUUGAGAGAGACGCAAUCAGAGAUUGGAGAGUAUGGAUUUGGGAGGAGAUCUUGUGACACUGAUCCAAGAUUAUCUGUGGACGUGGCACGGUUGUCUGUUGAUGAUUCUCACUAUUCGUUCGAUGAGCCUAGGGCUUCUUGGGAUGGAAACUUAAUUGGUAAAACUUAUCCGAGGCUAACUCCAUUGGUUUCGGUUAUGGAGGAUGUCAAGUUGCCUAGUGGUGCUGUUGAGAAUGCAAAGGAGAAUGAUAGUCUGAAGAAUGAAGGGGAAAGUAGUCCUGGAGGUACGAUGCUAACUAUGAAUUAUUAUUCAGACAGGAGGAGGAAGAGUUUUGAUCGUUCCGGAUCUAAUAGGAGAGUGGGGCUAGGGGAUGAAGAGUUUAAAUCAAUGUCGAAUGCCAAGGUGUCUCCUGAAACAGUUGGGUUAUUCCAUGGGGCAAAGUUGUUGGUCACAGAGAAAGAAUUGAGGGACUCAAAUUGGUACUCUCACAAAGAUCACCGUGAGGAGAAUGUGGAUGCCGUUUCCAAAGAUGUUAGUUCUAUUACUGGUGGCGGGGUUAGGAAGAAGGGUUUCAAAUUCAAGAAGUCGCAUAAGUGGUAUGGCGUGUGGAAUAUUUGGGGUUUGAUGCAGAGGAGUAGUCAGAGAAAAUGUGGAGAUGAGGAGAGUCGAGUUAGUGGAAAUGCGGUUCAUGGGCCAAUACCAGAGUCUUGGCAGAAUUUGAGUGGCGUGGCCGAUGGAGAAGCAAACAGGAUUGUGAGCCCGAAGCUUAUUCGGAGCUAUACUGUGAGUGCAAGGGAUUCCUGCCAGAUGGCUUGCAGUACAAAUGGUGCUGAGAGCAAAGCGAAUGGCAUUAAGAGAGGGGAAGAGCUUUUGCUGCAGCGGAACCGGAGUACCAGUAGGCUCUGAGCCUUGGAAAUGCAGUUACUUGUGAUGUUGUUAUAGAGAAUGUAUUUGCUUCUAGAAAGACUGCGGGUGGCUUUCGGAUGAAUGGGAGCAUUAUUACAGACAGGGAUGCAAGCAAAUUAACGUAUCUGGCACAAGGCUUGGGUCAAGUUAACUUGAUCCUCGACCACUGUCACUAGUAGUCCUAUAAUUAGAGAAAGGAAUCCAGUUUUACAUGUUUCAGAGUAUUAGACCAUGUGGUUUUUGCUAGCGAUUUGAUAAACUCAGUGGAGAGAUAGCUAGGGCCUUUCUGCACUGAUUAUUGGCCUCCAUUGUCUUCUUAUUGCCAGAUUAAAUCUCUACUGUGAAAUCAUUGUCAAAGCUCUCCUUGCGUAGCUGUGAAUUUGUAACACUCUUAUCUAUGUAAGUGCAAUACAUUUGAUGCACUUAAAAGAAGAUUUCUGGUGCUUAGAUGUCUUGCUCUUCGUGGGAUUGUGCUUCACGUGUAUAGCUGCAGGUUGCCGGUAGAAGAUCUUGCUUUUUUGCCUUUUGGUGUAGGGGAAGAUGCUUGCGCAUAAAGGAUCCAAAAUUACUUCUGUGUCCUACCAAAUGCUUCCAAAACACAUACCACUCUGUUAUAUCCUAGUCCACUCACUUUUUCUUAAAAUAAAUAAAUUAAUUAAAAACUGACAUGACUUUUGUUG